AUGCCUCAAGAUUCUGCAACUACUACUUCUCCGCCGCAACCUCUAACCGCCGCCGCUUCAAUGCCUUCCUCUCCUCUUACGCAGCAAGAAGAAGAGCCAAAGGAGGUAACUUUAGAGCCAGAGGUAUCGGAGCUACCGGAGCCAAAUCCCAAGCUGAGCUCUGAGUCCGACCCACCGUUACCUUUAACUUCGGAGCAAGAGAGUCCAAACCACGCGGCGGAGGAUUUAGAGCAACCGAAUGGAAUGACGCCGGAGAGAGUAACUUUGGAGCCAGAAGGUCUCAACCAUGCGGCGGAGCAUUCAGAGCAACCACACAGAGCGACUCAGGAGACAGUGUCAUACCCGCCGUUGCCUUUAGUUUCGGCGCCAGAGGAACCGAACCACUCUGCGGCGGAGGAACCAGAGAAGCCACAUCAAGCGACGCCGGAGAAAGAGCAGACUGAUACAGAGAACGCACAUAAACUGAUGCUGGAGCAGAGGAAGAAGUACACUGAAGUAGCUGACUGGACAGAGCCAGAACCACCAGACGCGGCGCUUUUAGAAGCUGCUGCGGCGUCGGAGCCGCCUGAGCCAAACCAACCGGCGGCGACACCGGCACCAGCUGCUGCAGCUUCAUCCGUGGAGUCAAGAUCGUUAGCGGAAAUGAUGAACAGAGAAGAAGCUGAAGACAAACCAAAGAUUCAGAUUCCUCGCAACCUCGGCUCGUUCAAAGAAGAAACAAACAAAAUCUCCGAUCUCUCCGAAACCGAGCUAAACGCUCUUCACAACCUCCGUCACCUCCUGCAAGAAUCAACCACCAUCGAUUCCGUCAAAACCUCCAUAUGGGGCGUGCCACUUCUCAAAGACGACAGAAGCGACGUCGUUCUACUCAAAUUCCUGCGAGCGAGAGACUUCAAACCACAAGAAGCUUACUCAAUGCUCAGCAAAACACUCCAAUGGAGAAUCGAGUUCAACAUCGAGGAGCUUCUCGACGAGAACCUCCUCGGCGACGAUCUAGAGAAAGUCGUCUUCAUGCAAGGACACGACAGAGAGAAUCACCCCGUCUGUUACAAUGUCUACGGCGAGUUUCAAAGCAAAGAUCUUUAUCAGAAAACCUUCUCCGACGAGGAGAAGAGAGAACGGUUCUUGAGAUGGAGGAUUCAGUUUCUUGAGAAGAGCAUAAGAAAGCUCGAUUUUUUACCCGGUGGUGGUGGUGUUUCCACGAUCUGUCAAGUAAACGAUCUGAAGAACUCUCCGGGACCUGGAAAAACAGAGCUCAGGCUUGCAACUAAACAAGCUCUUCUUCUUCUUCAAGACAAUUACCCUGAGUUUGUCUCUAAACAGAUAUUCAUCAACGUUCCAUGGUGGUACCUUGCGUUCUACAAGAUUAUUAGCCCUUUCAUGACUCAGAGGUCAAAGAGCAAACUCGUUUUCGCAAGUCCUUCAAGAUCUGCUGAAACCCUUUUCAAGUACAUAUCACCAGAACAUGUCCCGGUUCAGUACGGUGGUUUAAGUGUUGACAACUGCGAUUGCAACUCGGAUUUCACACACGAUGAUACCGCCACUGAGAUAACCAUUAAACCAGCUACAAAACAAACCGUCGAGAUUGUUAUUUAUGAGAAAUGCACGAUUGUGUGGGAGAUGAGAGUAGUGGGAUGGGAGGUUUUGUAUGGAGCAGAGUUUGUGCCGGAGAAGAAAGAAGGAUACACAGUGAUCAUUCAGAAACCGAGGAAGAUGGCUGCGAAAGAUGAACCGGUAGUGUCACAGAGCUUCAAAGUUGGGGAAGUUGGCAAGAUUUUACUAACCGUGGAUAAUCCGAACUCGGCUAAGAAGAUGCUUAUUUACAGGUUCAAGGUUAAACCUUUUGCCGUGUGA